AUGAUGAAACCCACGGCGCCGCGCCACAUGGCCCAGGGUAUCUGGGCAGGGUUCCGUUAUUAUUUGGGUCACUUCUUUUAUCCAAACAUGUACCGGGAGUUCCUUUCGGUGCAGAAUGCACACAAGGUUGAGCGUGCUUUGCGCAUUCAGAGCGCCAUUAAAGCUAACAAGAUUGAUUACCGAGCUUUACUGGCGUUACCUGUUACUGACCAUGCCCACCCUUAUAAGAUGGAGUACCCAUGGGAGAAGGUGAUCCAUACAGAUCCCCGAGACCUUAGCGGAUACGGGAAGUGGUACGCCAGCAAAAUCAUGUGCUUUUAUGAAGGUCUACAGUACCACAAGUACGGUUGCCUCCAGGAUGAUCUCAUCAACGCCCAUGGUUGGUGGAACCGUGCCGCUCGUACCCGUGCGCCUCAGGAUAAGAUUGUGCACGGCGAUCGUCGUGUUAUGCGUGCUCGUGUGCUCCGUGACAAGUACAUUUAUGAGCCAAAGAGUCGAUGGGUUCACCCCAUUGACAACGUUGCUUACUUUGGGCCGUACGUUAUGAUGGUGUGCGAUGAAUGGGAGGAGAAAUGGGGAUUUUUCGCUGGUCAGGAAGUUGAGUAUUAG